AAAAGUCGACUGUUCCGUUCGAAUGAACUCGUUUUCUUUUUGGCUGCGUGCGGCUCGGAUCGUACCCAUGCGGUUCUUGGUCAUUUUGACGUUGCACCGAAAUUGAAUAGGAAAAUAGCAGCGCGACCGAGAAGGGGAAAAAAAGAUGAAGAACUUUAUCGUGGCCUCGGUUCUCGGUAAAGGCAAACAUAAUCAUCAGCAGACAGCGGAACAGCAACAGCAGGCCGACCAGGUAAUUAGCAAGAACCGGCCAUUAAAGGGAGGACAGACUCAACAGCCGCCACCGCUAAAGAAUGUCGGACGUCGGGCGGAUGUUCAUCAGCAUCAGACGACGGCCAAAGAACGUCCAAGAGGGAAAUCGUGUGAUCGAUUGGUGCAAAACCGGAGCGAGAGUCAUCAGCAUUUCUCCAGCGAGUGGAGUGAUGACGGCGGAUUCGGUCAGUGGCGAGCCAUCCAUCAUCGUCCGACUUGUUCCUCGAGGCCGGAACCUUACUAUCAUCACGCUCGACCGAUCUCUGUGUCCAUCACGGACCGCAUCCAGUUUGUGCUCCGUCAACAAGAUCGGCAGCAACAAAAUCAUCAUCAACAACAACAACAACGGCAGUUCGAUAAUGGCUUCCAGCUGGCGAGUAAUCGUGGAUUCCACAAACAGUUUACGACCCAUCAUUAUCCGGAAUAUCAUCAACAUCCAUCGGCUAAUGGCAAUGGGACCAUGGGCACGGCUGGCUGGGCCUAUCAAAGUGGCAGUUCUAGUGAAGAGGCCGUUGGUCCCCAAUCGCUCGAUUCUCAAUGGGCGCUCCAGCGGCAACAACAUCGACACAACAACCAAAAUAGAGUCAAUCAUCCGUCGUACCCAACAGGGGCGUCGUCGACGGUGGUGGACCAGCAGUCGGCCUCGGCGCUUUCCAGAAAACUUUCGACUUACGGGACACUACCCCGUAAUCGCCAGCGAUUCUUCACGGCCAAAUAUCAUAAUGCUUCGUCGUCGAUGGGUGAGUCGGUGCACAACAGCAACGGCGGACAACAGCAACAACAGCAGCCACACGGGCAACAACAGCAGCAACAACAAGCGCACCAGCAACAGCAGCGAUUGCGAGGCGUUGGCACCAACGGGGACGUAGGGACGUUACGACCGGGCCGUUUGCCUCAACCACAACAACAACAACAACAGCAACAACAUCAGCAGCCACAGCCUGCGGCGAUUUCUUCCGCGCUGGCCACCAAAGGCGGCGACAGCGCUGGAGGAGAGUUGGGGUCUGCCACUUCGUCGUCGUCGCCCCACUCGGCCGCCCACUCGACCCAUUCAACGGGCCUCGUGCUCUCGGCGCCCACCUCCCUCCAGCCGAGCUCUUUGACUGCUUCGCAGUCUCAACAGCCUCCGCAUUCCACCGCUAAAACGGAUCAGACAGAAAAUGGCGAUGCUCUGAAGAGACGCAACAACGAGUUGUGCUCUGGAGGAGGCGGCACGCUACGAAGAGGAGCCGCCCGAUCUUCGCCGUCUAAUGUCGACGAUCUGAUCCAUUUGGCUGGACCAUUAACAGAAGAUGCCGUCCUCAAGACGCUGCAGGCUAGAUUCUAUGCCGACGAAUUCUUCACAAACAUCGGACCGAUUCUCUUGGCUUUCAAUCCGUACAACGAAGUGGGCAACGCCUUGACCUUAUCCAGUACCCGCAACAUCGUCCAAAAGCCUCAACUGGUGCGUGUCGUCCAAGAAGCUGUACGCCAACAGUCGGAAACCGGUUACCCUCAAGCCAUCAUCCUGUCCGGAUGCAGUGGCUCGGGUAAAACCUACGCCUCUAUGCUUCUCCUCCGGCAGUUGUUUGACGUGGCCGGUGGCGGACCCGAAACGGACGCCUUCAAGCAUCUUGCCGCCGCCUUUACCGUUCUUCGAUCCCUGGGCAGCGCUAAAACGCAGGCCAAUUCAGAAUCCAGCCGCAUCGGCCACUUUAUCGAAGUGCAAGUGACGGACGGAGCUCUCUACCGGACCAAGAUCCACUGCUAUUUCUUGGACCAGACGCGUGUCGUCCGCCAAUUGGCCCAGGAGAAGAAUUACCACAUCUUUUACCAGAUGUUGGCCGGAUUAACGGCUGAAGAACGGGCACGACUUUCCCUCGAAGGCUAUUCCGUCGACAACCUGCGCUACCUCAAUCGCGGUGACACGCGAUGCAACCAGGCUGAAGAUGCCCGGCGAUUUGCCAACUGGAAAGCAUGUCUUGGUGUACUGGGCAUUCCAUUCUUGGAUGUGGUGCGCGUACUGGCCGCCGUCCUCCUUCUCGGAAAUCUCCAAUUUCACGAAACGAGCGGAGGUGGGGGGCAGUGCGAGACGCACGAAGCCGAGCUUAAAGCCGUCGCCGGACUCUUGGGUGUGACUCCGGCCUCGUUACUUCGCGGACUCACGAUGCGGACGCACAACGUCCGCGGGCAACUCGUCAAGUCCAUUUGCGACGCCAACAUGUCGGGUGGAGCGAGAGACGCGCUGGCCAAGGCGCUUUACUGUAGGACGGUUGCCACUAUCGUCAGACGGGCCAACAGCCUCAAGCGGCUGUGUAUGUCGGGCACGCUCAGCUCCGAUUCCAAUGAUUCCGUCCAUAACCAGGCCGAAGUGGCCAGUCAACACGCAUCGACAGUAGGCACGGCCGGCUCAAAGUCCAGCCGAUCAAUGGCCGUUCUCAAUACCGCCGUCCGGCACGCUACCGAUGGAUUCAUCGGUAUUCUAGACAUGUUUGGCUUUGAAGAUCCAAAGCCGAGCCAGUUGGAACACUUGUGCAUCAACUUGUGCGCCGAAACAAUGCAGCAUUUCUUUAACACGCACAUCUUCAAGUCGAGUAUCGAGUCGUGUCGCGAGGAGGGGAUCCAGUGUGAAUUGGAACCGGACUACGUCGAUAACGUGCCGUGCAUUGACCUCAUCUCUUCGCUGCGGACAGGCCUGUUGAGUAUGCUGGAUGUCGAGUGCAGCGCCCGCGGUACUCCCGAGUCCUACGUCCAAAAGGUCAGGCUCCAGCACAAGCACAACAGCAGACUGUUCGAAUCCAAGUCCGCAUCGUCUGAUUUGCGCGUGUUUGGCAUUCAGCAUUUCGCUGGCCGAGUCGUUUACGAUGCCAGCGAUUGCUUAGAUACGAAUCGCGAUGUGCUUCCGGACGAUUUGGUUUCCGUUUUUUACAAGCAGAGUUGCCAGUUUGGCUUUGCCACACAUUUAUUCGGCUCGGAAUUGAAAGUGCUCUUUGCCCAGGAGACGGCGCCCAGGGGAAUCCGCUUCCGCAUUUCGCCCACCUCUCACACUGACCUGUUGAAUGGCGACGAUCCGGUGUCGACGCUGACGCAAGACUUUCACACCCGGUUGGACAACUUGUUACGAACUCUUGUACAUGCCAAGCCUCACUUUAUCCGGUGCGUCAGAGCCAAUAACACCGAAACGCCCGGCCAUUUCGACCGAUCUGUCGUCAGCCGACAGGUCCGAGCCCUCCAGGUCCUCGAAACUGUCAAUCUCAUGGCUGGAGGAUAUCCACACCGGAUGAGGUUUAAAGCGUUUAAUGCCCGCUACAAGAUGCUGGCGCCGUUCAAGCGGCUGAAACGGCUGGACGACAAGGCCGUGGACGAUUGCACUCUGAUCUUGCAAUCGUUCCAAGCCAACACGACGCUCCAACUGCCCAAGGAUUCGAACGUCAGUACCAGCUGGUCGUUGGGCAAACGGCACAUCUUCCUCAGCGAAGGCGCCCGCCAGCAGUUGGAGGCAUUGCGAGCCGAAACGCGUCACAAUGCGGCCGUGGCCAUCCAGUCGACGUGGCGCGGAUGGCACUUUCGUCGUCGCUGGCCCACAGUCAAACGCCAGCUGGAAUUGCGAAUGGGUCGAAACGCCAACAAUUCCACCAUGUCCGUCAACAACGGCGCCAGUCUGCAAAGCCACCAGGUGGCUGGUGGCGCCUCACACGUCAAUCUUAAUCGUGGUAACUCUCAUCCAGCCAAUCGCAAUCAACAACAACAACAACCUCAACAACAGCAGCAGUUGCAGCAACAGCAGCAGCAGCAGUCACAACAAUCGCAGCAGUUGGCCGGCGUGGGCCAGAACGUCGGCUCGUCGCAACAACAACAACAGUCGUACGGCCGGCCAAGGCCGCAGCCCAUCGCUUGUACGCCUCCGCCCGAAGCUUUGGCUGGCCUCCACCAGGAGAAGUGCGACGCUAAGACCAUACAACACACGUGUUCUCUCUUCGGUUUAGAUUUGGAGAGACCUCCCCCGUUGCCGCCCAGCCGGUCUUACACAGUGGCGGGCAACAGUAAAUUAGGAUAUCCGCAGACGAGGAUCAUGAAAAGUACAUUUCCAGAAGAUGCUAACGGUGAUGUGGUGUUACGUGGCGGAGAGGCUGUGAUGGUGAUGGGCGCCUCUCACCGCAGGGGUCACCUACUCGUCGAACACAAGAACCAUCACUUCCACGUGCCGUAUCAGUUUCUCGAGCUCAAGCCCAACAGCCAGCAGCCUGGCGUCGACAUUUGAAACUUUGAAAUACCAUCGAUACAUGUAUAGGAAAGGGAGGAGGAGUGAAGAAGAUGAUGACCUUCUCUCUCUCUCUCUUUUUUUUUUUUCAUCCAUCAUCCAAAUAAAAAAGAAUAAUAUUAAAGAAAAGAAAUGCUGAUUGAUUUUUAGCCUCACCACUAGAGGCUGGCAUCGGUCCUCCUCGGGAAAAGAAACAUUUUUUCUAUAUUUUCUCUAGCCCCCCCAACACAAUAAAGACAAAACAAAAAGAGCCUUAUAUCUGUUAACGUGUUUCUUCAGUUGCUUACAAUUAUCCAUUUUUUGAUCUGUGUGUGUGUGUGUGUGUGAUUUUUUAUAUUUUUGUACGUUAGAAAUCGAUACUUUCUUCUCUCAGUCCAGGUGCGAUUGUUUUCAAUUUGAGAAUUUCUUUUUAGAAAAAGAAAAGAAAAAAAAGGAACUUGAUUCGCUCUUUGACGCUAUCAGAGACAAGCCCAAUGCUCAAUUGUUUAUUAUUUUUUUUUGUUUGUUUUUAAUUUUCACAUUUUUUUUUUCAACCACUAAUUAAUCUGAUUUGCCCGAGACAUGGUCCAUUCUCUUCAAUUAUUAUAUUAUCGUCAUUCUUUACACAAUUGUUACAAUGAUAUUAUCAAACUUUGCACCGAUGCCAUAUUCAGCUGUAAGACGAUGAAAUUAAAAAAAAAAAAAAAAAAAAAUAGAAGACGAACGCGAGAUAAGAAAAAUAAUUAACGAAAGACAACAACUAUAUAUGUGCCAUGAUGUCGUCAGUUUUUGAGUGUCUCCUCUUGCCCUCUCACGCCCCCACCUUCCCAUCUUUAUCCCCGACAUUCACUACUUUCUUUCCUACCUUUGUUUUAUUUCUUUUUCUUCUUCUUCUGAUUUCCCAUCCUGAUACCCCCUCCUCCCGCCUUCCUGACUCGAUAUGAAUUUAUGAAUUAAACAAUAUGAGAUAUUG